GAGUCGUUCAUACAGAAACGAAUCUCUGACGAAUCGCUUGUCAGGCUGCGUUGCUCGAUGGUGUUAUUCGAGUUCGUUUAACGGAGCUGCAAAGCGACUGAAGUUUCACUGCACUUCCCAUCUGAUGCUGGUCAUAUUCGUCUUUCCUGGCAUAGCAGGGCAGUGAAAGAAAACCCUGAGGGUCUUAGAUGGGAGACGGACGUGUUAUUGAGGAUCAUCUCCGACCCUGCUGGGAAAGAGAGCUCUGAUGUAAAGGUUUAGGGGCUCAUGCUGCGCUGCCAUCUGCUUUGCUCUCUGGACAGACGGGCACUGCCCGACCCCGGAGUCAGAGCCUGGCACUGCCCCUUUCAUCUGAAGCUGCACGACCUGGAGGACACAGUGCACUUACGAGGUCCUACACGGUGGACCUUUCCUUUUAGCUACUGUUCGAAAGGUUGUGAGUUCAGAUCCCAGCACCACCAAACUGCCACUGCUGGGUCCUUGAACUUCAAAUGCUCAGUUGUAUCCUGAUUGAACUGCACUGCAACUGUGUGGACCAAGGAGAUAAGGAAGACGACUAGAGACAUUCAUAUGUGCAAUGGAUUGCUAAAACCUAGCCUGGAGAGCCCCAGACUUCCUUUGCUCUGACUCCACAGCCUUCUAUAAGUGACUGUGUAAUAGAUUCUGAACCUUCCGAGACCAUUGUCUAUUUGUCACUAGAUUUCCUUGAUUGUUAGCAUUGUUAGAUUGUUUGUGUAGCACUAUCAGCAGCUUGUAUGUCCCACUCCAUCUCGUCCCUCCAGUGGCCAGACAGCUUAUUUAGCAACUACUAUUAUUAUUCUGUAUGCAUCCAUCUUCUGUCCCACUGAUCAGAUUAGUCUCAGGUCUGCAGGCUUGGACACGCUGAAAACAGGAAACAAGGACACGUGUCAUCAAACCAUUUACAGUUCAGCUGUGCUAAUCUCUGAAAAGCAGGGUCCAGUGUAUAUAACACCUGGACACCAAAGUCCCAUCUGGAUCCAUUUAGCCGGGGUGAGAGAGUGUGUGCAUCAGCUAUCUGUCCUGUGCUGUGUCGUGUCAUGUCUUCCCUCGCGCCACGUCUGCUGUUGAGAGGACCAGACGUGCUGGGACUGAAAUAAGCAGACUUGUCAUUUUGUUCUCCUCAAGGGGGAGCUGAGGUCCAAAGUGCUCCCACUUGUGUGAGACUGUAAAACUUGCAGAAGUUCUCUCCCUUACUGUCCAAUCUGGCAGAGCUGCCCAUACUCCCGAGUGUCCAGACGGUGUGCAGGUUCUGCGGGCGAGGCGUGUGGAGGAUGAGCGAUGUUCCCCCACUGGAGUACGAGCCGCUCUCCCCUGCGCUCCCCAGCAGGCCACCGCUGGCUGCAGACGCUGAGCAGAGAACGGCUCUAGCUUUCGUGGGCCUGCUCAUGCUCUUCCUGCUCUUCCUGCUUGUGCGCUGCUUCCGCAUUCUACUCGAUCCCUACAGCCGCAUGCCGGCAUCGUCCUGGACUGACCACAAAGAGGGCCUGGAGAGGGGCCAGUUCGACUACGCGCUGGUGUAAAACACUGCCCAGCGAUGGUGGACGAGCCGAGAGCCUCUGCCUUUGCUCUCUCUGUGGUCAGCCCUCGAUGACUUCCCACCUGCCUGUGAAUCGCCUUUCACCACGUCCUGUAGUGACUCCUCAGGGCUACAAGGUUCCCCUUAGAGCAGUGCUGCCUGAACCAUGAUCCACUUUUCCCUUGGCCCAUAAAAUCAGCAUUCAGAGACAAAAUUCAGUCAGAGUCCGGUACUACGAACUACUAUUAUUCCAUCAGGUAUGAAAAACUAAUACAGUUUUUUUUUUCAAAUUAUAUUUUUCAGAUUCACUAGGCAAGAAUAAUGUGUUUUUAUUGAGUCAGUAUCAGGUGUUAGUUGUUAGAUGCCAGGAGUUAACACUGUGUGUUAGGUGUAUAUAUGGAGUUACAUUUUAUUUUAUUUUUUAAUUAAGAGAUGUACAUAUAAAUGUACACAUAGUAACAGUUCCAGAGAAACAGGAUAUUUUGUAAGUUCUUCAUCAGUUGUGUAAGCAAAGUGCUUCUGAGGAAGUAGCAGGCGAAACCAUAGUUAGACCCAUUUUAUUUCAUACAGACAAAAAUAGAUUUGUCUCACUUUAAAUUAAUAAAUACAGAUGCAGCAAUCUGAUACUUGGCAUCCGUAUUCAAACAAUGAUGGCCUGACAUGCUGGAUGUUUAUCAGAUCAUAUUUGACUUCUCAUCCAAUCCACUGUAUUUCCUAUUUUAUUUAUUAAUAUGUUAUCAUCUAGCUCAGUCAAGAUAAUUAUUUCCAUCUCAGGUCCAUCAUUAGUUAAAGACAACGACAUCAGGCAUUCUCACAGUAAUGCCUUUUGAACAUGUUCUGCAAUUACUAAAGUGAGUAGAUUAUAAGUUAAGGUAAGUAUUGGAUCCAUAUCAGGCCAUAUUAGAGCUCUGAUAUCUGUGUCAUAUCAAAUUUGAUUAAAAAAAAAAAGGCAUCUCCAAAUGUCAGCUGAGUAAAGUAUUAGUUUUUGAUAAAUGAGGAACUGUUCUUGGUAGUGGACUCAGAGAAAGUAUGAAUUAGAUGUAUUUUAUUCCAUUCUGUCACCAUUCAGAACAUAAUGAUUGGGAACCCACUGUUCCAGUAUGCAGGCUAUCAUUUUCCACAGCAGGGCUGCCAUAUUGGAUUGAUUAUUUCCAAACUAAUCAGCUAAACCCUGCCUCAUUCACUACAGAGCCACCCCCUUUAACUGAAUGAAAAUGUACAGAAUUUACAAAAUAUCAACAGACAGAUAAUAUUGACCAAUUAAAGCAGUUCUCAGACCACAGGCAAAUAAAUUUGCCUAACUGAAGGGAAUAAAGGGAAUAAAAGAGAAUGCACUUCCUACUAAGUGAGAGCUACCAGAAAAGGAUAAGCUUUGCUAAUCUGAUAAUCACAGCUACAGCUAAUUUUGCUUCUCAACAAAUUAGCUAGCUAAUAUGCUAGCUGUUCACAGGAUUUCCCAUAUGAUCUGUCCAGUUCAAUCUACUGAUUUAUUGAUGACAUUUUUUCUUAGUUAUUAUUAUUUUUAUGUAUUUAGCUCAGUAACUGCUAGCAAAUAAGAGAAAUAUCUCACACACAACUGCCGUAAUCACCUUUUUGCUCCGCUAAAAUUAAACGCAGUGCGACUGCUGAUUAAGGCUACCUGCAAGUCCACGGCAUAACUAAACUGUUAUAAUAGUGACCAGAUAAACCUAUUUACAACUGUAUUUACAUCACCUUUGGAUAGAAUUGGUUAUCAUACACCAAAUAUGUAAACACUGUUCACCUGCUAAGUGGAAGUCCCCUCAGACUGCUGCCUUCGACCACCCGUAAUUAGCACUGUUCUUUUUCCCUGAUGGUGUGUUAUUUCCUUGGUGUUUACAGGAGCAGAAUCCCCUUUAAGAUGUCAGAAAUGUGAUAUUGCUGCAGUGUAUUUCAGUGUAUUUCUAUCAUUUACAAGCCAUAUCUAUCUAUCUAUAUUUAUGCCUUGGACAGUGUUAUGUUGUGUGGUCAUUAGCUGUAGCUGAUCUGCCGAGCUCUGUGACUGUGUAGUGAGUUACUGUGUGAGUUUUAGAACUACUGAAAGUGCUUUAUUUUUGUAUUCAGACUCAGAUUUGGAGUCUUCUUUUGCUAACACUGUACUGUACGUAUUCAGUUUAAGAUUUCUAGCUCAAUGUCUCCUCACUGGUUCAAGAAAAAAAACCCAUAACAAUGUGUUGCUUUGGUGUGUUUUUGAUAUUUGUACUGUAAGCAGAUUGGAUAUUUUCCUAAGUCCUUUGUUUUUGCUAAGCUGGGGCAAUUGUGUCAAAUAAAGAGGGGUUUUAUUCACUUUAUGCUUCAAAAUGUUCAGUAAUAAAAUGAAAAUUACAACAGACA